AUGUCCUCAAUCACAGUCGGCACCCUUCCCCGCAUGAGUCGCGAUGUCCUCUCAUCACUCCUCCUCUCAACAAGCACACCCAACAAAUUAGCCAUCAUAGACGUCCGAGACUCCGACCACGUAGGCGGCCACAUCCACACCUCAACCUGGGUCCCCAGCUCUUCCCUGGACUAUCGCAUGCCCGAACUCGUGCGCACUCUCGCCGACAAAGAGAAAGUCGUCUUCCACUGCGCUCUCAGCCAACAACGCGGUCCCUCCGCCGCACUUCGAUAUGCACGUGAGCGCGAGCGAACUUUGGGUGUAGAGGAGAGCAAGAAGCAAGAGGUUUAUGUUUUGGAGGGUGGAUUUGUGCAGUGGCAGGAGAAGUUUGGGAAUGAUACGAGGUUGACGAAGGAGUAUGUUGAGGAUAUUUGGCGGGAGUAUUGA